AAGGCAUUGUUGUUGUCAUCGCUAGUGGCUAUCGCGCAAUGUUAAAAAAACAUUACAAAUUACUGCUAAAAUGUGCGCUUGCCAUACCUCUAAUCUUCCUGGUGGACUUUUGCGGCAUUCUGACUCAUCUGUACGAACUAGACUUUGAGACGCAUUACUACUAUCCGCUACACAAUGACUCUGCCUCACCGCCGAUCGACUACAAGUUUCUCCAGUUGCCCGCAUUCACAAGUAAACACGACUCAGCGGAUCCGCCCCGAUUGACAAUUCUAGUAAAGAGCGCCAUUGGCAAUGCAAAGCGACGUCAGGCCAUUCGGAAAACGUGGGGCUACGAGGCUCGCUUCUCCGACGUGCACAUCAAGCGCGCCUUUAUGCUGGGCACGCCCACCGAGGGCGCAAGCGUCAAGGAUGCGACACUAGAGGAGGCAAAGCAGCAUGGAGACAUAAUCCGUGCGGACUUUGUGGAUGCCUACUUCAAUAAUACCAUCAAGACAAUGAUGGGCUUACGCUGGGCCAGCGAGCACUUCAACACUAGCGACUUCUACCUGUUCGUGGAUGACGACUACUAUGUGUCCAUUAAGAAUGUGCUGCGCUUCCUCGGCAAGGGGCGCCAGACUCACCAUCAGAGCCUUCUAUAUGCCGGCUACGUAAUCCAGAGCGCUCCACUGCGGCACAAGUUCAGCAAGUGGUAUGUGUCGCUCGAGGAAUACCCAUUCGACAAGUGGCCGGCGUACGUGACAGCAGGCGCGUUCGUCCUGUCAAGGGAUGCCUUGCUCAAGAUGUAUGCGGUGGGGCGUUCCAUUCCCCUGUUCCGGUUCGAUGAUAUCUUUCUGGGCAUGGUGGCACUGCGGGCGCACAUACCCGUGCAUCACUGCGAUGACUUCCACUUUGAUAGACCCAAGUAUUAUGGACCGGAUAGCUAUAGCGAUGUCAUAGCUUCGCAUGGUUUUGGCGAUCCCGCCGAGAUGGAGCGCGUUUGGAAUGAAUGCCGUUCUGCAAAUUAUGCGUAGCAGUAUGUUGACCAUUUAGACGAAUGGGGGCGAACUCCUAAGUAUACAAAUGUGUGUAUAUACCUGCAAACCGAGCCUUAUUAAAGUAAUAUCUGUCUACCUGAUAG